AUGCAAUGCAAUCGUUGUACCCCCGCCUCAUCUUGGUUCCCUGGGCCUGGGCAGGGCACCGCUAUAAAAGCAUACCGCGUCGCCCCUCAGAUACGUAGUGUUUUCCCGUGUACUGCACAAGAAAAAUCGCCCACAAUGAAGUUCGUCAUUGUUCUGUUCGCCGCUAUGGCUGUCGCCAGUGCCUACCCUGGUAUCAUACCGUACUCCGCACCGGUACAUGCCCCGGAAGUGCACCAAGUGCUUCAGAUCCCGCAGCAAGCGUCGAUUCCGGCCCCACAUCCACAGCCCCUGAACAUUAAGAUCCCGCAUGUGCCGACCGUGAAGAUCCCAUACCACGGCCCUAAGGUCGUCCAGCCACAUCUGAUCGGCGUGGAACAUUACGUAGAGCCCGAAAUAAAGAUCGUCAAGGCUGCUCCCAUCUCCCAUCAUCCCUGGGAUUAA